CUCUCUGGCUGCGGUCCCAUCGCUGUUUUGCUGUUGGCUUACGGUCUGCGAUGUACGUGUCCUGAUUGGACAGCGUUCCCCACUGCUGUUCGUGAGAGACGAUUUCCGCUAGCCGUUGUUUGACAUUAACGAUUGACGGGAGUACCCCAGUUUAGAGGCCGUUGAUGGACCAUCCGUAUGAAGAGGCGAGGUCAGAAUGGGUCAGCGCGUCUCGGAACCAGAGGUCCAAGGGGACGCCUCCGAGCAGGCCGGGUUCAAUAACAUUAAGACGUUUGUGGAGGAGGAGCUGCAGACGAGCAUGAUGAUGGGGAUGGUCAUUGGCGCGGGUAUCGUCAUAGUCCUCAUCGCCGUCCUCAUCUUCUUCAUUUUACGAAGGAUCCAGCUUCGAAACUUGGAAGCCCAGGAAGUUCCAAAGUACCGCUUCCGCAAGAGGGACAAAGUCAUGUUCUAUGGGCGAAAGAUCAUGCGCAAGGUGUCCCAGUCUACCUCUUCCCUAGUGGGCACCUCCUCCUCAUCACGCCCACGCCUGAAAAAGAAGCAGAAGAUGCUCAACAUUGCCAAAAAGAUCCUGCGCUUUAAGAAGGAGGUGCCCAUCCUUCAGGCGAAGGAGCCACCCCCCUCCGUGCUGGAGGCGGACCUCACAGAGUUUGACGUGGCCAACUCCCACCUGCCGUCCGAGGUGCUCUACAUGCUCAAAAACGUCCGUGUGCUGGGUCACUUUGAGAAGCCCCUGUUCCUGGAGCUUUGCAGGCACAUGGUGUUCCUGCAGUUCCAGCAGGGAGAGCAUGUGUUCCGCCCGGGUCAGCCGGAUAGCAGCAUCUACGUCGUCCAGGAUGGGAAACUGGAACUGUGCCUUACUGGAAUGGAUGGAAAGGAGAACGUGGUGAAGGAGGUUUACCCCGGUGACAGCGUCCACAGCCUUCUCAGUAUCCUGGACGUCAUCACGGGCCACCAGAAGCCCUACAAGACGAUGUCGGCGCGGGCGGCCGAGGUCUCCACCGUGCUCCGACUCCCCGUUGAGGCCUUCCUGUCCAUAUUCGAGAAGUACCCCGAGAGUCUGGUGCGGGUCGUGCAGAUCAUCAUGGUUCGACUACAGAGGGUGACUGUACUGGCUCUGCAUAACUACCUGGGGCUCACCAAUGAGUUGUUCUGCCAUGAAAUGCAGGCCUUGCGUCUGCCGCCGGUGCCCCCCCACCAGCCCCGGACCAGCCCCAUCCGGCACGGCAAGCGCUUCGGCAGCCUGACCGUCACGGAGGAGCACCGGGAGGCCGCCGUCAAGGGCGAAGGUGGGGAAGCAGGGAAAGACGGAACGACAGUGCCAACGCUCAGCAGAACCAUCUCCAUGCCGGUAGACAUCGCUGGGAUGCAGAAAAGCCUGCGCUCUGACUUUGACAUGGCCUACGAGAGGGGCCGCAUCUCUGUCUCCGCGGACGAAGGCAACACCCCGCCCACCAAGGACCUGAGGGAGAAGAGGGUAACCCUGGACGAGGCCCCGUCCGGGGUCUACCUGUACCCAGAGGAGGAGCUGGGGGCCGACAGCAUCUUCUCCUCCAGCCCCGGCAAGCCCAGCGGCACCGUGUUCGAGGAGGCCCAGAAGGAGAUCCUCAAACUCAUGAAGAUCGAGGACCCUGCCUUGUUGAACGGGAGGGUCACACUGCACCAAGCUAAAGCCGGCGCUGUCCUGGCAAGACAAGGAGACCAGGACGUGAGCCUGCACUUCGUCCUGUCAGGCUGUCUGCACGUGUACCAGCGCAUGAUCGACAAGCAGGAGGCCGUGUGUCUGUUCGUGACCCAGCCCGGGGAGAUGGUGGGCCAGCUGGCCGUUCUCACCGGGGAACCCCUCAUCUUCACCAUCAAGGCCGUGCGCGACUGCACCUUCCUCAAGAUCUCCAAGUCGGACUUCUACGAGAUCAUGAGGGAACAGCCCAGCGUGGUGCUGAGUGCAGCCCACACUGUGGCCGUGCGCAUGUCGGCCUUCGUCAGGCAGAUGGACUUUGCCAUCGACUGGAUCGCGGUGGAGGCCGGCAGGGCCCUCUACAGGCAGGACGACCGGUCGGACUGCACCUACAUCGUUCUGAACGGACGCCUGCGUUCGGUCAUCCGCAAGGCCAACGGCAAGAAGGAGCUGGUGGGGGAGUACGGCAGAGGAGACCUCAUAGGAGUGGUGGAGGCCCUGACCCGACAGCCCCGCGCCACCACGGUGCACGCCGUCCGCGACACGGAGCUGGUCAAACUGCCCGAGGGAACGCUGAACCACAUCAAGAGACGGUACCCCCAGGUGGUGACACGGUUAAUCCACCUGCUGGGCCAGAAGAUCCUGGGGAACCUGCAGCAGGGCCAGGGGCCCUUUGCAGGGUCAACGAUGGGCCUGUCGUCCGUGACCUCCAGCCCGGACGUCACCAACCCCGCCAGCAAUCUGUCCACGGUGGCGGUACUGCCCGUCUGUGACGAUGUGCCCAUCAACGCCUUCAACCUGGAGCUCAGUCACGCCCUCAACGCUAUUGGUCCCACCCUCCUGCUGACCAGUGAGAUCAUCAGAGAGCGACUCGGUGCCUCUGCCUUGGACAGCGUCCACGAGUACCGUCUGUCCGGCUGGCUGGCGCAGCAGGAGGACAUCAACCGGAUCGUCCUGUACCAGUCGGACCUCACCAUGACCCCCUGGACCCAGCGCUGCAUCCGACAGGCCGACUGCAUCCUCAUCGUGGGGCUGGGGGACCAGGAGCCCGCCCUGGGACAGCUGGAGCAGAUGCUGGAGAACACGGCGGUGCGGGCCCUGAAGCAGCUGGUGCUGCUGCACAAGGAGGACGGGCCGGGCCCCUCCAGGACGGUGGAGUGGCUCAACAUGCGCAGCUGGUGCUCCGGACAUCUGCACCUCAAGUGCCCGCGCCGGGUCUUCUCCAGACGCAGCCCCACCAAACUGAGGGAAGUGUACGAAAAGGUGUGCGAGAAGACGGUGGACCGACACAGCGACUUCUCGCGGCUGGCCCGGGUUCUGACGGGGAACAGCAUCGCCCUGGUGCUGGGGGGAGGGGGGGCCAGGGGCUGCUCCCACGUGGGGGUGAUCAAGGCCAUGGAGGAGUCGGGGAUCCCCAUCGACAUCGUGGGCGGGACCUCCAUCGGCUCGUUCAUCGGGGCGCUGUACGCAGAGGAGAGGAGCGCCGUCCGGACCAAGCAGAGAGCCAGAGAGUGGUCCAAGGCCAUGAACUCUGUGUUCAAGACCGUGCUGGACCUGACCUACCCCAUCACCUCCAUGUUCUCUGGCUCUGCCUUCAACACCAGCAUCUACAAAGUGUUUCUGGACAAGCAAGCUGAGGACCUGUGGUUGCCCUACUUCAACGUCACCACGGACAUCACGGCCUCGUCCAUGCGCGUGCACCAGGACGGCUGUGUGUGGCGCUAUGUUAGAGCCAGUGCCUCCUACACCCCCUAUUUACCUCCCCUCUGCGACCCCAAGGACGGCCACUUGCUUGUGGAUGGUUGCUAUGUUAACAAUGUCCCAGGCUCACUGUGGCGCUAUGUGCGGGCGAGCAUGACCCUUUCGGGGUACCUGCCGCCCCUCUGCGACCCCAAAGACGGCAACUUGCUAAUGGACGGGGGCUACAUCAACAACCUGCCAGCGGACAUUGCCAGAAACAUGGGCGCCAAAACGGUCAUAGCCAUCGAUGUGGGGAGCAAAGACGAGACGGACCUCUGUAACUACGGCGACUCCCUGUCGGGUUGGUGGUUGCUAUGGAAACGCAUUAACCCCUGGGCAGAGAAAGUGAAGGUGCCGGACAUGGCGGAGAUCCAGUCGCGGCUGGCCUACGUGUCGUGCGUGCGGCAGCUAGAGCUGGUGAAGAAGAGCGCCUACUGCGAGUACAUCCGGCCGCCCAUCGACCGCUUCAAGACCAUGGACUUCGGCAAGUUCGACGAGAUCCACGACGUGGGCUACCAGCACGGCAAGCUGCUGUUCACCGGCUGGGCCCGCGGGGACAUCAUCGACAACAUGCUAAAGGACCACCGCUCGGCGGACUACAACGACAGCAAGAGGAACGACACAUGUACCCGUCCUGCGGCAGACUUCACGGACCUGGCGGAGAUCGUGUCCAGGAUCGACCCGGUCCAGAGCUACGUCGCCGAGGACGCCGAGGAGUCGGACGGGCUGACGGAGUACGAGGAGGACGGGAUGGACACGGUGAGGGAGGAGGAAGGCGAGGAGGAGGAGGAGGAGGACGACGACGGAGAGUCCCCCGGAGACCAGUCCCCCGGAGACCAGUCUCCCGGAGACCUGUCCCCUGGAGAGUGGGGCCCCAACGGGGUGUUCCAGACGGAUGAGGACAAAACGGUGCGUCAGCGAAGGAAGUUCGCCCUGGACUCGAACACCUCGGAGGUGUCGGACUGCUGACGGCUGGGCGAGGAGCCUAAAGCGACCCCCCCCCCCCCCCUGGGACAGGAAGCCCGCUUCCUGUCCCAGAAGACCCACGCGGGCUCGACCUUAGAGUCGGCCAUCUUUUUAAACUUGACAGACUCUCGUCAUCGGAGACUCGCUGGGGAACUUUGUGUUUGUUUUCAUGUCUUGAGGAAUUUCAACUUUGAACUUUACGCUUAACUUAUGAACCGUCCCCCACCCCCCAUGAUAUGUGAACCGCACAUCACAUCGUAUCACCUGUGGACCUGUACUUUCCUGAACUGAAGACCCCCCACCUCUCCAUCCAGGAGACUCCCCCCUCACUUUGCCCCCUCCCCCCUCACUGAGACCCCUCCCCCCUCACUGAGGCCCCUCCCCCCUCACUGAGGCCCCUCCCCCCUCACUGAAACCCCUCCCUCUUCACUGAGGCCCCUCCCUCUGGACAGCCUUUCAUAAAAGUAAACUAAAGAACUGUAUCCUGGCUCAAUGGUCGGCUUCCUCCUCAGAACUCCCCCACCACCACUCACGCCUGCAUGCCCCUGCCUGCCGCAGGUUUAUCAUAUAACGCUAAUUUAGACAACGCUAAGCUAAAGAAAAACGUCUCCGCCGUACCGCUGAUUAACUAUAUUUUGUGUGUGUGUGUGUGUGUGUGUGUGUGUGUGUGUGUGUGUGUGUGUGUGUGUGUGUGUGUGUGUGUGUGUGUGUGUGUGUGUGUGUGUGUGUGUGUGUGUGUGUGUGUCACAGCCACGUUGCGGGAAGAAAUGGACUGAACCACUCAUGGAGGUCAGUGGAGUUAAAUCCAUGCACUCAUAGUGAAUGAAUGGGCCGCCCGUAGAAUGUCCCGGUAGAUGGGCGUGGCUGGUUGGGGGUGAAAAUCGUGGACAGGUUUUUUGAAUGGACGAACGGAGAUGGAAAUUCUCAGUUUGGAGUAACAACGACAUGACUUGAAUGUUUUUGGCAAGUGUGCCAACGUUGGUGUAUUUCCUAAGUACUGUCACAGCAACGGCUCUAGGGUUGAUUACUGUGAGCUCGAAUCACGGAGGCUGAUUCAACAAGGAUCUGGACAGCGAAAGACGCACUUGCCUCCAGACGUCUCGCAAGAUAACGCGGUACCCCGCGUGUGGCACUACACAUCCCCCUUCCUUAGGGGACAGCUCUUGUAAAUGGACUGCUAUGUAACAUGCGUCUUAUUAAUGUAAAAUGAUACUUAUGGCUUAAGGAGCCGUUUCGCCAUCUGGAUCUGUACGUAUGCAGACCUAUACAUUAAGUCAAUUAAACCAAUAAAAACGUGACUUAAAACUAUUAAUCCAGGCAGUUUAUGGACCUAUGUUAUAACUCGCACAUACGUGGUACUAUGCCAGUGCCGGUACAGGGAUGAAUAUGAUUCACGUGUCAAAGCUGCAUCGCAGAUCCGCGGGACCUUGAUGAGGCCCCCAUCAUGGCCAGUCUGCUGUACAUUUUCACCCCAUCCUGUGUUGGGAAUGGUUUUGUUUAUUAAUUUAAUUUUUAAUAUGAGAGAAUCUCCAAAUGAUAAUUUUAAUAUAAAUGGUUAUUUUAUAAUUAGCUUGGCUUUGGUGUUUUUUUUGCACUGAAAUGUUCUCUUUUUAUUUGUUCUGCCAUAGAGACUAACUUAUUGAUUUGUAUUCGUCCCAGGCCUUGAGACGCAGGGGGCUUAGGAUCUCAGGCAUACUCGUGCUGACGGAUCAUUUAAUAUGCAUUCUGGAUAAUAAAUAUUAAUUACACA